CUUUCAAGGCUUACAAUUUAUUUUAAACAUCGUCGUCGCGGAAAUCAAGAGUAUAUCUCAUAGGACCGAUCAAGCUGAAGCUGCACUUGUGCGAUCCAUUUCCCCUUUUGGCCGCUCACUCAACCCCUUUUUGGUCUUGACCUUCCGUAAUCGUUCUUAGCUAAUCUCUAGCCAUGCGAUGGUGACGAUCUCAUCUUGAGUUUAUCUUCACGGAGGAAUUCUCAUGCACGCAAUACCCGUCGGAGUCAGCGAAACGUUGUAUUGUUCAUGCCGCACCAUCGAGAGCCGCACUGCCUAAUAGAGCGUGACCGAUAGCCUGAUUUGACAAAAGAACGCGAGCAUAGUGUUCUUGGCUGAAGAGCCCCUACGCUUGGAUAUGUAUUGUUCUUUUACAUAGCGUUUUGAUCCUUCAACCAUGACCAGGGGGUAGCUAUCCCAUGUACAGUAGUAGCAUGAAAGCCACAACGUAGUAGGAUAUACGUGAUGCCAUAAAUCAUAAGAUAUAUAUCUCCUCUUGAUGUCCGUCUACAAACUCCAUCUUUAAUCGUCAGUAGACUACAGACGAACCGGUAGCGUUUUUCGGAAUCUAACUAUUUACGUUCUUUACGGCCUAAGUGCCUCACACUCUUUAAAAUAUAUACCAAAUAUCACACUCGUUUUGUUCUUACCGAAUACCCAUACCUAUUCUACUGCAGUACAUAAUGGCAGGUGUUAUAGAAGCAAUUGGCGUGAUUUCGGGCGUACUUGGAAUACUACAGUUUGGUAUCGACCAUUUCCCACAAGACGAUGGGCCAAAGUCUGUCGUUAGGGUUACCGUUGGAUUAGACACCCCAGGUGGUCUUAACAAUGCCGGUGGCGACCUUCCUGAUGUUAGGCUAUUCAAUGAGGCCGGCGAGUUCCUAGGUAUCAAGGCAGACCCCGGCUCCGUCUCGGAUGGUGGUUUCGGCGACAUCGAGAUCAGCCACAACGACGGUUCAAACCAACAACCUGCAUAUGCUCUAUUCUCGGCUAACAACGAUGCUAUCUGCAUUGCACACGCCGUCGUCACUUUCCCAGGAAAUGAAAGAUAUACCUGGGUCGGUGACUGGGGUCGUCAAUGCGGCGGUAGUUGGUACUACUCGAAUAUCUACAUUGACAGCAGCAACCGAAAGGUUGACUGCCUAUGGAUUGACGGCAACAAUGACCAGCCGCAAAGCGGAUUCCAAGUCCACUGGCCCGAAUUUUUAAACAAGGACGGCGACCAGCUUCCAACGGACGACGCCGGUAUGGCCGAUAAAGUAGACUACCUGUGCAACAGAGGGCCUCCGUUCAAGAUGUACAACUACGCGGACGACAGCGACCCGCGCGGCAUUACCUACUGGGUCCUCAACAACAAGCGCUCCGAGGACGGAACCGACAACCGCAAAACCGGAAUGUCGUACGCUCCACCAAAAUACCCUUCCUCCGCCAAGUUCGGCCGCAACUCGCCCCGAGGAAACAGCACCGUUCCUUCUGGCUCCAGCCGCCAGGCCAACCGCCUAGUAGUCAGCAACAACGCCCAGCACACGGCAGCCGAGCUCUGCGAGAGCAAGACAUCCUACGGCCCGGACUUCUUGGAUCUGAUGGACAAGAAGUUCUGCCGUAUGUCGGACAAGACUCUCUGGCCGGUGUGCGACGGCGCUCAGACCGUAGACAACUGCUUUAACACGGACGUCCAGCAACUCAUUGUGAAUGGCGUUUCGGCCAGGGACAGCCCCUACAGCAACGUCGUGGACUGGACGUUGGGGAACUAGAUGGGCUCGGGGAUUCUGUGGACUCUUGGUUGGGAUGGACGGAAAAUAUGUACAAAUAUUCAUGACUAUAGGCGCAUGAGGGCAGGUUAUUUAUUAUUUAUCGACUAUGCGAUUCCUUGAUUAUGUGGUACGACUGCAUCGUAGGAUAUGAAAGCAUGCAACUAGAUAUGUUAGCAAGAUAAUAACAGUUGGGCUUGAUCUUUUUUAAGGCGGACCGAGUUAACCUUGGUUGAAAGUGAGAGCUUUCGAAAACAAAGUGCAGUAUUUUAUUUAGGCUUAUCUUUGGAGAGUCUUAUAAUAAUAGUUGUUAUUUAUAAUAGUAUUAGUUUGGAGUUCUUAGUUAAACGUUCGAGAAGACGUUGGUGACACUCUUUAAUUUACGUAAAAUCAAUUAGAG